AUACGAAUACCUGCCCAAAGCUGUCCAGGCCGCAGAUUCUUAUCCUCUUCACCUGAUCAUCUCUCCUCCUGCACACUCUCCUCUCUCCUGACCGCCUUUCUCAUUCCGUGCUGCCUUUGUUUUCAGCCUUCUAACAACAAGGCCCGGACUCUUUUCAAAACCUGUAACCGGGCUUGCGGCUUUUCCUGGCAUAGCUUUUUCUAGUUCUCUUCCUAUUCCUCCUUUAAUCUGCCAAGUGGCGAGUUAGACCUCCAAAUUCAGCCUUCCGUGCUUAAUUACUGUUUUCAUUUCUUGAUAAUUUCAUUUCCCCAUAAUUCAAAGAGAAUUUCCUGCCUUGGCCUUAAUUUUAUCUGAUAUUGAGUUGUUUGGGUGUGGCGUUGAGUGAGAACCGACUUUAUAUCUUCUACAGUCGGAAUAAUUUGCCGCGAAAUUCCUGAAGCGCUUGAUGUGCGAAAAGCCAGGGUCCUGUGAUUUAUGACGUCUCGUGUCAUCGGCGUUGGAGUUGUUGGAAGAAGCAAUUUAUUGAAGCCUGAGUUGAUCGAAAUGAAAAUUGAAAAGUCGGAGAAACGUGUCCUGUGAGUGGAGUCUCGAGAUACUCGUCAGUUUCGAGAAAAAGUGCUCAACUCCUGGGGCACGAGUUGAAAAUGGAGGCAUUAAAUCAGAAGUCUCUGGAGAGAGUGGUGUCACAGAAGGCUCUGCAAAUGGGAAGCUCGUUUCCGUGUCAAAUUUGCGUGGUGGGAUUUCUCUGCGGAGUCUGCCUUACCUCUUUCUUUUUGGCUGCUCUGACUUCCUUUGGCACUAUUCAAAUUGGUCCGGUUUCAUUCUCAUCCAUGUCCUUAGCUAAUUCAAGUUCCGGCAUUUUAAACAAGGUUACAUCUACGGGCUGUGAUUUGAAACUGAAGGAAACAGAGAGAUUAAAGGAUUUGAAGAGCAGUGGAGAGAGAAACAGCGAUGGGAAAGUGUCUUUGCUUUAUUCAGCGUGGAGUGGUUUGUUGACCAAAUCUUCAAACAAGACAUUUGAGAAGUUGCAGAAACUUGGAAUUAGUGGGUCCAGCUUGCCAAGUGCACCUCAUUUGGAAAACUGCAAGGUGAAAGCAAAGCUAUAUGAGCGCCUUGAUAAGCGUACUGGAAAUGAGAGCUUCCCUCCAUGGACAAGUUGGAAAGGGUUUUUAUCUGCCUACCCAGCUUCUGCAAACAACGCGCACAUUCAAUAUUUUAGUCACAAGGCUGCAUCAGACGGCACUUAUCCUCCCUGGAUUGCAGGAUCUGAUGAAGAAAACUAUCCUUUGACUAGAAAAGUGCAGAGGGAUUUAUGGAUGCAUCAGCAUCCACUAAACUGCAGGGACCCAGAUGUCAAGUUCCUUGUAGCUGACUGGGAGAGGUUACCUGGGUUUGGCAUUGGGGCUCAGAUUGCUGGAAUGUGUGGACUUCUUGCCAUUGCAAUCAGUGAAGGAAGAGUCCUUGUCACCAACUAUUAUAAUAGGGCUGACCAUGAUGGUUGCAAAGGGUCUUCCCAGUCUAGUUGGAGUUGCUACUUCUUACCUGAAACAUCCCAAGAAUGCCGCAACCGUGCUUUUGAACUUUUGAAAAGUGAAGAGGCAUUGAAAAAGGGAAUCGUGACCACAAAAGAAAAUUAUGCAUCAAAGCAUAUAUGGGCUGGGUCAACACCCAGGACAUGGGGUGAGCCUUGGAACUAUUUGCAGCCAACAACUGAAAUAAACGGCAGCUUACUUGCUUCUCAUAGGAAAAUGGAUAGACGGUGGUGGAGAGCACAGGCAGUACGCUACUUAAUGAGGUUCCCAACAGAAUACACGUGCAAUUUAUUGAAUGAGGCCCAUCACGCUGCAUUUGGUAAAUUAGCCGCGAAAAUGGUUCUUGACGGUCUACCGGGAGACUGGCCAAAGAGUACCGGUAAGAAGCGAAGGUCGGAUAUUGAUGAUUAUGUGUGGUCAAAUCACAAGUCAUGGGUCCCAAGGCCCCUUCUAAGUAUGCACGUCAGGAUGGGAGACAAAGCAUGUGAGAUGAAAUUGGUGGAGUUUGAAGAGUACAUGCAGCUCGCCGACCGGAUUAGGAAUAGAUUCCCUAAUCUUGACAGCAUCUGGCUCUCAACUGAGAUGCAGGAAGUUAUAGACAAAACCAGAGAAUACCCUCAUUGGAAGUUUUACUAUACAAAGAUCAGAAGGCAAGAGAGGAGUAAUAUGUCAAUGGCGGAGUACGAAAGGAGCUUGGGUAGGGAAAAGAGCACUAAUUACCCGUUGGUGAAUUUCUUGAUGGCUGCUGAGUCGGAUUUUUUUGUGGGAGCAUUGGGGUCCACUUGGUGCUUCCUCAUAGACGGGAUGAGGAAUACUGGGGGAAAGGUAAUGGCUGGCUACUUGAGCGUCAACAAGGACAGGUUUUGGUAGAUUUCAUUCUUGUAAAUAGCUCUCUGCUCAACCAGCGCCUUUUUUUGUAAUAUUAUUCUUUCUCUGCAUGCACAACAAUAAUAGUACACCCUUAGCUCUGAUAAGAGUGAUCCAUAUUAUUUCUUAAAAUUUUUCGGUGUUUGACGU